CCACGGGUAAUAGGCAGUGGAAGGGGACAGCAGGGCCAAUAUUAACUUCUCAAGGAAAGUGGUAAAUGCUUGUCAGCAGAUAAAGCUUGUCAGAAGGAGGAAGAGCUAUUUGCAAAGCGUCAAGCCUGAGGCUGGGCUUGCAGCCAAGGUCUCAGAGUCCUGUGUUUAUGCCUCUCUGCAGACCUGGGUGGACAGUGGCCAUGAUACCCUUUCCUGAUGCACCUUCCCUGUUUUUCAGUGUGAAGAAGCUUGCAAGACAGCACUGAGGACAGCACACGUUCUGGGGAGAGGAGCAGAGUCGGGUUUGCCACUCAGUCUGAGAGGAGCAAGGGGACGGCAAUCACACGUGUGUCUCAGCAGCACCCACGUCCCUGGGCCUCAGAGGAAGGCAUCCCCACAACAGCUUUCACCAUGGUAGCAGGAGAGCAUGCACGCACCAGGAUGGGUCUGCUGCAGCAGAGGUGCACUGAGAACCUGCUCCAUGUGCUGGUUUUACUGGAGACUGUUGGGACUUUUGCCUUGAUGUCCUAUGCACUGGUGUACGAAGCUGGAAACCUGGUGAACCUCCCUGACAAACGCAUUGGCUUUUACAACUUCUGCCUGUGGAAUGACACAGCUGGGGAACUGCAGUGCCUGGACAACCAGCAUCUACAGGCAAUGGGCAUCAGCCUACUGGAAAUAGCACUAGCCAGGGUUUGUGUGUAUACCUGCCUGGUCUUCAUCCUCUUCCACCUCGUUUUUGUUUUAACUGUGAAUUGCACUGGGCAGAGAGAGGGCUGGAAGAUGAUCCGCACCAUAACCCUCAUCAAGAUGAUAAUCCUGUCUGGAGGCCUGGGUAUGUUUCUUUUACAAACCUCACAGUGGAUUCAUCCCUCUGAUUUCACUGGAGGCUUCCUGGCACUGCUUGGGACUCAGGCUCUGCUACUGCUCCAGAUUCUCACUGCCACUGUGUACCUCAGCUGGGCCAGGUACACACAUACGUAUCAAAGCUAUUUAAAUGAGGAGGCCCUGCCCACUAAGAUUUGACAGUGAAGAGGAUGCAAGAGCUAUUGGCAAGAUGAUUUAAAGUAGUAAACCAAAUACAGCUUUACUGUACCAGCAAAAAUCUGAUUCCCAGUCCAAAGGCUCAUGUCAAGCCAUGCUCUGGCACACUACCGUGUGCAGCACUCCUGCAUCAAGCUGGCAGCAGACACCAACAGCCACAGCACAGAAGCCUCCCAGGUACAACAGCAUGAAACACCCCUCAGUUUGGGGCACAGCAUCGAAGUGACAGCACUUCUGGGCCCCAAAGAGCAGUGAAGGCAGCAGAACCAGCAUGCAGUGGACACAGGCCUCUGCCCAUAUGUGGCCUAAGUAAAAAAAGUUGCUAGUAUCUCAAAGUAUGUGACUAAUCUGUAAUCAAUAAACAAAAUGUUGUUAUUACCUUUUGCUCUACCAUAUAACAAAGGGAGUUUAAAAACAGGAUCUUCAGAUUAUGUUUAACUAAGAACUAACAAAUGUUGAGGAAAAUGUAACCAAAUAGGUAAUUUCUUUGUAAGUAGACAUACAUCACUUAAAUAAGCAGCCAAUCAACAACCUACCUUCAAGGCUGUGAAGAAAGCCAUCUAGGACGAUAUAGAAAUAACAUCAGAUAAACCAAGUAUGAAAACAAGAUAACAGACUGAGCAUGCACCAAUUAAGAAAGUGCAAUAAAAGGACAAGUGAUGAAGCUUAUUAAAUGACCACCAAAACCCUGAAGGGGUUGUAUUAAGCCCUAAAGGACACUAGAUGGCAGGAAAGACUCAAUAGUUAACUUCUGUUGGUAUUAUUUUUCAAAAUAGGCCUUUUAUGUUAUUAUAUUGAUUGUUAAACUGUUGUUGAUGUUAUAUUGAUAUAUACGAUGUUGACUGUUAUAUUGAUUUGUCUGUGUAGUGAAUAUGUAACAGCCUGGUAAACAGAAACUGCAUUAAUUCAUGCAGUGGCUGGGAGAACUUGUGCAAAUAAAGAACGCCUGUUUUAACAGUGAUA